AUGGACGGCAACAUAUUAUUGGUCAUCGUCUCAGUCGCUCUGGUUGUCGCUGGACAACCACUCUCGGAAGGCAGCCAGAACUUCGUCCCCGGCGUCUUCAUCUCCGCUGAAGCCCUCAAAGACCUGCAACAGAAAGCCCAAGACAACCAAAUGAGCCAAGGCAACCCUGCACCGCAACCUAUAACUAGUACAGUUGUAGACCCAGACAGCAGACGAAACAAUGAGUUGAAUGGAGAACAACUGAAAAUCGGCUCGGCUUUCCAGACCAACCAACCAUCAAGGAAUGUGCCAAUCGAAUCCCAAAGUCAGAGUCAACCAAUAUUGCCAAACCAGCUACUUAACCAAGACCUUACACCUAACGUUCCGAACCAGGCAAUCUUGCCCGUUCAAAAUCAACCACAAAUUGUUAAUCAACCAGCUGUACCUGACCAACAAGUAUUACUCGCGCAGCCCAACCAGCAAACUAUUUUAGUAAGUCAACAACCCGCAUUUUCGAAUCAACAACCCGGAUUUAUUAAUCAACAACCCGGAUUUAUUAGUCAACAACCUGGAUUUACUAAUCAACAACCCGGAUUCACUAAUCAACAACCAAUUUACGUCAGUCAGCAACCAGGCAACCAGAUGUAUGUGAAUCAGCCACCGACCCAGCAGGUUAUCUUGCGGCCUGGACAGGUUGCCCAAGUAGUUCCUCAGUCUACAUUGAUUGCAAAUCCCAACCUGGUUACACUGUACCAAAAUCCAAGACCAAUGAACCCAAUUCAAAUCCAGAAUCCGAAUACAAAUCAGAACCCUGGUACAUUAUAUGCCAUGGUGCCGGUGAAUAGUGCCAAUAAUGUGCCAAUCCCAAACACCAAUCUGAGCAAUGGAAACAACUAUUUAGUGCCAGUACAACAAAUGCCCACUACUAAUCAAAUAUAUGCGGUAAGCGGUUGA